AUGUCCAGCCAGCGCCCCAACCUCCCCACAAGAACCAGCCCCAGAGUGUGCCAGCCAGCCCCCGACCUCAACCAGUGUCUGCAACUGUCCAGCCUGCCCCAGAUAACAAGCCCCAGAGUGUGCCGGCCAGCCCCCUGGCCCCAACCAGUAUCUGCUACUGUCCAGCCUGCCCCAAAUAUCAAGCCUCAGAGUGCGCCAGCCAGCCUGCGGCCCCAGCCAGUGUCUGUCCUGGUACAUCCUUCGUCCCAGUCCGCCCCUGAUAGCCAGCCCCAGGGUGUGCCGGCUUCUCGGCCCCAGCGAGUCCAGCCACCGGCCCCAGUACAGCCACCGCUACCGCCGGCCGCCCGCCGGCCGCGGCCCAGCCCCUGUCUGUGCUGGAUCGCACGCCUCUGCGGUCUGGGUCCCCCCUCUGUAGAGACAGACCUGGUAUUGGAUGAAAUGGACACGGAUGAGGAGUGGGCACCCACGGCUGCUCAGACACUGGACUGGCUGCAAGCCGAGCUCGCCACUGUGACUGAGAAGCUCGCUUGGGUGCACCAGCAGGUAUCCCUGUCCCAGGUUGGCGGUGCGUAA